AUGCUCAUUCUGCAAGACGUAGCCAUGGAUAUCCGCACCAUCGACAAGGAGGAGAACAGGAGGCGGAUGCGGAACGGCGAGCUCUACUGGGCCUUCACCCCGGAUCUCAUCGCGGACCGGAAACGUUGCAAGGCGGCCUGCGACAAGCUCAACAACGCCGGCGACGUGAGCCGCCGUACGCUCAUCGGCAUGUGGAAAGACAUCAACCGGGACACGAUCCCUCUUCCUCGGCUGCGUGUCCGCCAUCACGAGGACGAUGCCCUCCUUGAAGAUUAUCCGUGGAUCGACACCCCUAUAAAAAUGGACUACGGCUACAACGUGAAGCUCGGCGAAAAUGUAUACGUCAACUCCAAUAGCACAUGGAUAGACACCUGCCUUAUCACGGUAGGCGACCGCACCCUCAUCGGCCCAAACUGCUCAUUCUACAGCGGCACACAUCCGCUGGAACCCCGCCUCCGCAACGGCACACGCGGGCCAGAGUCGGGCAAGCCCAUCACCAUCGGCGAGGACUGCUGGCUCGGCGGCAACGUCAUCGUGCUGCCCGGAAUCACCAUCGGCAAGGGCGUGACCGUCGGCGCGGGGAGCGUCGUGACCAAGGACGUUCCGCCUUUUGUAUGUGUGGCGGGCAACCCGGCGCGGGUCAUCAAGGCCGUGGAGCAAUCGCAACCGACAACACCAAGGGCGUCGGACGAGGUGUCGAACAGAAUUGUCUCUAGCUCUACUUUGUAG